GCCCAACGGCCCCAGCCAUUCCAUUCUACUCCUCGCUCCCGUUAUAACCUCUCACCUCAGACCUCACCUCCCUCCUCUCUCCAGGCUCCAGCCUUCUCCUUCCCAGCACCACCGCCACUUCACUGCAACCGGGUCAAACCAGCGCGAGGAACAAACCCGGCGUAGCAGGCGCCCGCCAUGGACGACGACUUCGACAGCACUUGCUCCACCCCAUUCGCCAGCGCGCCAUCCAGCCCCGGUCGUCCCCCCGCCAUCGGCGGUGGCGGCGGCUACUUCUUCAGCGCGCCGGCCAGCCCCAUCCACCACCUUCUCUUCUCGUCCUCGUCCUCGGCAUCCGCCGCGCCGGGCGCGGGCCGCGGGUGUGCUGGCGACGCGGAGUUCGAGUUCGGCGGGCCCGGUGGGCCCAUGAUCUCCGCCGACGAGCUCUUCUUCAACGGCCAGAUCCGGCCUCUCACCCUGUCCCCGCUCCCGGAUCUCGACCCCGGCAGCGACGACGACGACGACCCCGCGCCGGCGCGCGGCCGCGACCUCACGCCGCGGAGCGGUUCCGUGCACCGCCGCGCGCGGUCCAUGUCCCCGCUCCGCAGCGCGUCCCCGCGGCUCAAGCUGCUCAAUGCGCUCGUCCCCGCGCCGGAUCUCAGCACCGGCCCCGACGCGGCCGGCGCGCAGGAAGCGGCGCCGCCUGUCACGGCCUCGUCGCGCUCCUCCUCGUCCUCUUCCACGUCUUCCUCCUCCUCGGCCUCGGCCUCCGGCCGCGGGUCCCGGCGGUGGGUGUUCAUCAAGGACAUGCUCCUCCUCCACCGCAGCAAGAGCGAUCCCGGCAGCGGCGCUCGUGCCGCCCACGCGCACGACGCCCCCGCGGCAUCCCCCGGUGCCAAGCCCGAACGAGCGUGGCCGUUCUCGCCCUCGUGGGCGUCGAAGGACAAGGUCGCCGCGAAGCUCCGCUCCGCACGCCCACCACCGGCGGCGGAGGCGGCUAGCGGUAGCGGCGAUGAGGCCCGGGCGCGGGGGCAGAGGAGGGGGAAGGGCAGGCGGCGCUCCACGACGGUGGCCACGGCACAUGAGAGGCUGUACGCGGCGCCGAACCGGGCGCAGGCGGAGGAGAUGCGGCGGCGCACGUUCCUGCCGUACCGGGAGGGCCUCCUCGGCUGCCUCGGCUUCAGCUCCCGCGGCUACGGCGCGCUCCACGGGCUCACCAAAACCCUCAACCCCGUCUUCUCCCGGUGAAAAGUAGCAGUGCUCCUCAAAACAAGACCUUUUGAGGUAAAAGGAAAUCGGAGAUCAAAACAAGAGCUUAAUAAAAGUUCUUGGUAGUGCCAAUUGAUUCGAGCGGGUUAGCAUCUGCUCGUCUUGUAUGGGAGCAUUUUUACCCUCUUUUUGUCGUUUUUUGCGUGCGUCUUGUAUAGGCAGUCUGUCAGUGUAAGUUAUCUCAUCUUUUCUCGAAGUAAAACGAAGGAGUGUACGUUAAAAGACUUAGCUAUGAUUUUCGUUUUUUUCGGUGAGUGCAUCUGCACCCUCUCC